CUUGCUGACUCCCGUACAUAUUUCGUCACUGGAACUUUUCAGAUAUCGAAUCGAGUGCUUUCUUCACUCAAUUUGUCAGCUUCAGAGCAUGUGCACGACUUGAAAAUUAAAAUUGCGUUGUGGCCAAGGGAUACUAGCAACAUUUGCAUUUCCAAUCAAGGUUUAAUUUGUGUUAACCCUGUGAGGGGCAAAAAACAAUCCAUCAAAGUGGCUCUCGCUUCAACUCAAAUAACCUCUAUCUCCAACUCCAUCUCACCAAACACACUCGACGGACCAUGGUCCGCACGCAGCAGCCACAGCAGCAGCAGGAUGCCACUGCAGUCUCGGCCUUAUCUGCAUCAAUAUCAGAUGGCAAAAAGCACCUGCUGCUAUCCGCGUCGGGUUCCGUCGCCACCAUAAAGCUUCCCAACAUCCUCAAGGCUCUCGGGGAGGCCCACGAUCCCUCGCGGCUCUCAAUCCGCGUGGUCCUCACACAUUCUGCCGAGCACUUUCUGGCCGGUCAGGCAGAGGAACAGCCUACACUGGAAGCCAUCAGGUCCAUUCCGUGCGUCGACGCCGUGUAUGGAGACGCCGACGAGUGGGGUCCGCGGCCGUGGAAGAGGGGGGAGGGGAUUCUGCACAUAGAAUUACGAAAAUGGGCCGACAUGUUGGUCAUCGCCCCGCUGAGCGCAAACACCCUGGCCAAGAUCGCAAAUGGCAUCUGCAACAAUCUCCUGACCAGCGUCGUGCGCGCCUGGGACACGGACGGCGUCGUGGAAGGACGCAGGAAACGCAUCACCGUAUGCCCCGCCAUGAACACGGCCAUGUGGCGGCAUCCCAUCACGGCCAAGCAGAUCCGCACGCUGGAGAAGGAUUGGGGGGUUGCGAGUGCGCAAGGUGAGAGCGAUGGCGGUUGGUUCGAGGUCUUGCCGCCACAGGAGAUGAAACUGGCUUGUGGCGAUGUUGGAGUAGGUGGGAUGGUGGACUGGAACCAAAUUGUAAAGGCUAUAGAGUUGACGCUAGAUUUGAGCCAAGACCGGCUAGGACAGCCGACUUGAACCACGGACAUAAUUUAGGGGAUAAUCGAGUGCGCUUCGUCCACUAUUUCUUUUAUUAAACCGGACACACCUCAGGUUGCA